GGACAACUUAUAAUUGCCUUUAGUGCAAAGUUUUAGUAACGCAGUUAUAACAAUGCGUUCUUUAUUUUUUCUUUUCGCCUUGUGCUUAACGGCUGUUGUGGGUGUAAACUCUCAGCAAAGAAUCAUUGGUGGCUCACAGACCACCAUACAAAAUUACCCCUUCGCCGCAGUGGUGCUAAGGAACACUAACCAAGGCUAUGUACAAACCUGCGGUGGCGUGAUUCUGAACCAUAGAUCCGUCCUUUCAGCUGCUCAUUGCUUUUUCGGCACUUCAUCUAACGUUUGGCGCAUAAGAGUUGGAUCUUCAUAUGCAAACAGCGGAGGGUCGACUCACAAUGUUGGUAGGCUGAUCGCCCACCCCAACUACUACCACGCUAUGAAACAAAAUGAUGUUGGCAUAUUCAGAGUAUCAUCAAGUUUCAACAUAGGAGGAAACGUACAGCGUGGAAGAUUCGCAAGUUCCAACUAUAAUAUAGCUGACAAUCAAGCUGUAUGGACUAUUGGAUGGGGAGCAACUUCCAUCAAUGGUCCCAAGUCAAGCCAGCUGAGACAUGUUCAAGUCCGAACAGUGAAUCAAAACACAUGUAGAAGUAACUACAAUGUUAUCGCUAUGACUGUCACUAAUUCCAUGAUGUGUGCCGGCAUUUUGGAUAACGGGGGUCGUGACCCUUGCAUUGGUGACUUCGGUGGUCCCCUAAUUCACAAUGGUAUUAUUGUGGGUAUUUCCUCAUGGGGCAGUGGAUGUGGCUACCGUGGAUACCCGGCCGUUUAUUCCCGUAUACCAGUAUACAUCAACUGGAUCAAUAACAAUGCUUAA